CACACUGAAACCCUUCACACCCCACACCCCGCCGCCGCCUCGCCCUCCUCCCGCAGCUGCAGCUCGUCCGAGCUCAGCUCGCCGCCAUUGCCAUCUCCUGCCUAUUACCUCUGAGGUUGAGCUUGAUGCAAAUGCUUCGGUGAGGCUCGCGGUGCCGUUCCACGCGAUGGCCUCGUCGUUUCACUGCCUUCAGCCUCUGAGGUUCCCUAAGAGAGUCCGCCUCUCGCUUUCCGCCGGCGGUGGCUCCUGCGGAUACAGCUGUCGGCCGAGGAGCAGUCACGUAGUGUUUGCUUCCUCGGAGUUUAAGAUAGAUAAAGGCCUCUCUCUUCAGGCUAAGGUUGACUCUUUGUUAGAUAGUGUAAAAUGGGACGACAAAGGUUUAGCUGUUGCCAUAGCUCAGAAUGUUGAUACUGGGGCAAUCUUAAUGCAAGGAUUUGCCAACAGGGAUGCUUUGGCCAAAACUAUUUCCACUCUCAAGGCUACCUUUUUCAGCCGAUCGAGGUCAUCUCUAUGGACGAAGGGAGAAACCUCCAUGAAUUUCAUCAAUAUUCACGACAUCUUUCUCGAUUGUGACCGAGACUCGAUAAUAUAUCUCGGAAAACCAGAUGGGCCCACAUGUCAUACGGGGGCUGAGACUUGCUAUUAUUCGUCGGUGUCGUGUUUACUGGGAAAUUCCGAGGUUGAACAAAAUGAGUUGGCUAUGUCAACAUUGUACUCCUUGGAGUCUACCAUCUCUAAGCGGAGAGCUGAGUUGGAUGAGCCGAAGGAAGGGAAACCCUCCUGGACAAAACGAUUGUUGCUCGACAAUAAGCUGCUAUGCUCAAAGAUCAGGGAAGAGGCAGAUGAGUUGUGUAGGACGUUAGAAGAGAAUGAAGACAGACCACGAACGGCAUCGGAGAUGGCAGAUGUGCUAUACCACUCCAUGGUCAUGCUUAAUUUAAGAGGCGUGAAGAUGGAAGAUGUUCUCGAGAUUCUCCGGAAGAGAUUUUCUCAGUCAGGAAUAGAAGAAAAGAAGAGCCGCAAACAGGGCUAGGCUCGGUCCUCGCACUUGACCUAUGUAUUUUGUGUGUAUUCCUGUUUUCUUAUUGAUUUUUCCGGGCAUGUAAAUACGAUGUAGUCGGUUGAGAAAUCAGAUUUUGUGGAAUAAAUGCUCGACUCAGAUUACAAGAUGUAUCUAGUCCCUGGAUUUAUUUGUAUUGGCGUCAUUGUAACGUUGGCAUAUGACUGAUUCAGAGGAUUACGAUGAAUGUUAAUUGCUACCAUGAUUUCUCUUCUUGA